AUGCCCAAGUUUGAGAAAUACGUGAGGCACGGUGAUUCUGUGGUGCAUUUAAGAUGUUAUUGCAACCAAUUGAGGGUUGCAGGGGGAAGAAAAGAGUUGCUUAUGGAUUUUUUUGGCGAGAGCCUUUUCGGUCUAGCUUCAGAAUGGUUCGUCGAUCAGGAUAUUGGUAAUUGGAAAAAGUGGGAUGACCUAGAUAAUGAAUUUGUGCAACAUUUUCAAUAUAACGUCGAUCUGGUUCCUGAUAAGAAAUCCCUGGUCAACAUGAAGAAGAAAAGUACUGAAGGCUUUCGGGAAUACGCGAUAAGAUGGCGUGAACAGGCCACAAGGGUAAAACCUCUAAUGAAGGAAAAUAAGUUGGUAGAGGCUUUCAUUCAGGCACAGAAUGAGACCUAUUUUCAACAUUUACUUUCGGCGAUGGGAAAUUCAUUUAUUGAAGUUCUAAAAAUGGGAGAGAUGAUAGAUGACGGAAUUAAGACUAAACAAAUUAUAAGUUUUGCCGCAUUAAAGGCCACCACCCAAGAAAUUCAAGGUGGCUUUGGAACUUUUGGAGGUAAAAAGAAAAAAGAGGACGUGGCGACCAUUGCAGCUGGAUCCCAUUCCUAUCCCAAAAGACCUCCUCGCCCCGAUUACCAACCCCAAGCCCAAGUCUAUGACCAAGCUCCAUAUAUUCCUCCCCAUCAUUACUAUCCCCCAUAA